CGCUCUCCGUUAGGGAUUGUUUCAACAAUGGCCAUGCAAGACCUUGGAUUUCCCGCUUACGCUGUUACAUGGAUUACAAAUAGUGUAAUUGCUGUCGGAGGAGGUGGUGGUGCCUCCAAUACCGGUGUUAAGAAUCAACUGAAAGUGUUUGGUUAUAAUGAGGACGAAGGUAACAGUUUUUUCGUUCCAAUGCAAGAUAUCGAGUUGAAGGACACUGAUGAUGCUGUGAUGUCUUUGGACUCGGAUGGACAGAUAUUGAUUGCCGGUAUCAACGAUUUGUCUGAUGAGUCUUCAAACAAGCACUUAAGAAUUUACAAGAAAAACGCUAAAAACCUUUUUGAAUUCGAAGCUUCAUAUCAGCUUGCGAAUUUCACGAACUCAGAAGAGUAUCAACGCCUGUGCCGUUAUAAUACCCAGCGCAAGCUAAUAUUUAUUGCCUGUACCAAUAAGACGUUUUCUGUCAUUCACAAGUAUGACAGUGGACUGCGUUUUGAGCUUAAGGAUCUCGAUGUCUUUGAUAUCAGCUUCUCACCUGAAUAUUGCGCGUUCGCAAGUACUAAUGCUAUUCACAUAUAUAAUUGGGAGUACAAGCUUGUUCAGCGUUUAGAACUUCCGUUUGAAAAGGUCAGUAUCCGAGGUGUUGCACUCAUGAAAAAGAAUGCAGUCCUUUGUGCCUUUAAUCGGGUCGAAAACGGCACUCGAUUAGGUUAUCUUGCCAGAUUCGAGAUGGAUCCCAAGGCAAAAGUAUGGGCAUUCAAGAAAAGUCUUUUGCUAAAGAACUCUCGAGGCAUUACAGCUUUCUGUGCUGAGAAUGUGUCAGGUAUGUUAGUUAUUGCUACUGCUGACUGCACUCUUCGCAUUAUGACCAACCGCCUUCAACCCAUUUCGAAAAUUCCCCUUCACAAACUCCCCAUUACUUGCGUAUCUCUCUCACCGGAUGCUGAGAACGUUGCUACUGUUUCAGCUGAUGGCACUCUGGCGGUUACUUAUGUCGGCAAGUACAAAGUGCUGAGUAGUGUUAAGAUUACCGAUGUAGGAAUUGCCCCUCGUCUACUCAUUUUUGCGGUAUUUGUAGCCUUGAUCGCUGUGCUGUACAUGAACAUACUGUUCCCCGGUCGUGUGCUCGAGGAAUUCCACAAUUUCACCAAUAUGAUGACGCAUAGAACUGUUCUGCUUCUUACCUCUUGGAAACGACUCCUGUAGGAGAAAGCCUUUUUAUAAAAUAUUUGUUUUUUUUUUUCAAUUAGUUGCCCUUGGUUAUUCCUGCAACGUCGAUGGAAAUAAAAGAACAAACAGCUUUCUGUGUUCAUUAUCCUGUUAAUUUUUCCAGGACACUUGCUGGUUGGAUUUCUUGUACAUCGAGCAAUUAUAGGCCGUUUGUUGAUCAAGUUUAUCUUGUCAAGGCUUAUUUCGAUAUUAGAGUGCUUAGUUCCUGCGAGCUAUUUUAACGAGAGCUUAGUCUUCGCUUCCCUCACCUUGCAAAGGAUUUAUGAAUUCACGUUUGUUUUGUUUAAGUCGUCUACAGAUCUCUCUCCUUCUGUUGUACUGUUAUAGCAAGAAUACACACCAACUUCUGGUUAUAAACGUGCAUAGCGUAAUGUAAUUGUUUCGCGCUCAUGCACAUUAGUUAACGAAUCGAGAAACUAUUUGUUCUGAUUUAUACUUUCAUUUGCUCAUUGUAUUAAGCUAUCCGAAACGAACAGUAUUGACUGCCAAGCCAUUCUUCCUCAA